AUGCCGUCUCCCGUCCAAGCGCUGCUGCUCGACAUGGACGGCGUGUUGGCCGACGUGUCGCAGUCGUACCGCCAGGCGAUCAUCGACACGGCGCGUCACUUUGGCGUCUCCGUCACACACGACGACAUUGAGCGGCUGAAACUCGCGGGCAAUGCCAACAACGACUGGCACCUUACGCACCGUCUCAUUGGUGUCGCUGCCGCCGCCGCCGCCAGUAGUGGAAGUGGUAGUUCGACCGUUCCAUCGCUCGAGGCAGUGACGGCCCAGUUUGAAGCCAUGUACCAGGGCGUGGGUACCACGCCUGGCCUCUGCGCGCUCGAGACGCUGCUGACUCCGGUUGGGUUGCUGCAAGAGUUACGGUGCCGACUGCCAAAGGGCAUAGCCGUCGUCACAGGUCGGCCGCGGAACGACUGCGUCGCGUUUCUACGCACGCACGGCCUUGAACAUGUGUUUGCGGCGUUGGUUUGCAUGGAGGACUGUCUGCCGAAGCCGUCAGACGAGCCGAUUCGCUUGGCGCUCGACGCUCUCGACGUGCGUCCCGAAGCCGCUGUGAUGGUCGGCGACACCGUCGACGACGUGAUUGCAGCGCGCACAGCCGGUACAGCCGUCUACGGCGUGUUGACGCCAGUGGAUCACGCCAAAGCUGUGCUGGACCAGACGCCAGCGCCGAUUGAAAACGUGCUGCUGCAAUUAGGGGCAGCUAAGGUGUUGAAGCCUGGACUGGCAGAGCUGUUGGACCUCAUUCCACCCGCACAGCGCAGUGACUCGGGCGCGAGCGCUGACAAACGAGGACAGCAGACAGCUGGGAAGCGGGAAGCCACCAAGUGCCGCGUGACAAACGAGACGUCGAUCAACGUCAAGCUGUCAUUGGACGGCACGGGCAAAGCCAAAGUGAGCUCGGGCAUCGGGUUCUUGGACCACAUGCUGUCGGCGUUGGCCAAGCACAGCCGCUUUGAUCUCGAGCUCGAGUGCAAAGGCGAUACGUGGAUCGACGACCACCACACGACCGAGGACUGUGCGCUCACGCUCGGAGAAGCGUUCGAUGCAGCGCUUGGCGAUCGGGCGGGUAUCGCUCGCUUUGGAUCCGCUUGUGUGCCACUGGACGAAGCGCUGUCACGCGCUAUUGUGGACAUCUCGAGCCGCGCACACAGCGAAGUCAACUUGCACCUGGUCCGUCCGACCGUGGGCGAGUUGUCGUGUGAGAUGAUCACGCACUUUUUCGAAUCGUUCGCCAGCGCGGCGCGUCUGACGCUGCAUGUUGACGUCCUCCGCGGCCGCAACGACCACCACCGCGCCGAAGCGUCCUUCAAAGCUCUGGCCGUGGCGCUGCGCACUGCUGUCAAGCACGACGCUACUGCCGGUGUGCCAAGUACCAAGGGCGUGCUAGCUUGA